UACAAAAUAUCGAGAAACUAUACCGAGCGUUUUGACCUUCGUAGCUAGUUGCCUGUUUCCUGUCGUGUAAAACUUCCUUAACUGAUAGAAAGUAAAGAAAACUAUAAUGGCGAAUUUUGGAGCUUGUUUUUGCUAUUCAUGUGGGUUGAAGGUGACGUUUUUACUCGUCAUAUCUGCUGUGUGCAAUGAGGCGCUAAUACUCGACGUGAAUCUUACACGACAAGAAGUCACAACAUUUCUUAGACAGCCGGUGAACCUUGGUUGCUAUGCAACUACCACCUCAGCCGGCUCUAUACUGGAGUAUUAUUGGACAAAAGACAACCAAACUGUCACGCAAUCUCCAAAUGUGCAAGCAUUUGAUGGCGUCUUGGUUGUAACACCGGAGAAAGAUUCUGAUUUUGGAACGUACGAGUGUAAUGUUACCAACGGAAUGUCCAGUGGUUUGUGCAGGAUCUCGCUAGUACAAGUAACGAGUACACCGGGUGACCCCACAACUGGCUGUGUGAACGUUUCAGUCCUGAUGCCCGUUCUAGCAGUUGCAGUCUUUUCACUCUUGCUCUUCAUUCAUCUUGUCAUCCAAGGCGCAAGAAGGCGAUCACGUGAUGAAGUGCUGUCCAAGAAAAGUGAGGAUAGCAGUCUACAUAGUCACGAGCAUGUGCGCAUGCGCGAAGGAAGCUGUGUCAUCGAAGAACCCAUUGAGUUGCACGUCAAUCGGCGAGUCUCACGAACGGAAGAAAAUGAAAGGAUCCAAGAAAGCACUGUGACUCAAUUUUGACCCCGAAAGACUUUCUCUAUUUAGAGCCUGAUCUCAAACUUCAUUUUUAAAAGAAAAACUUAGAAACACGACCAUUGGUGUUGAAUCAAUUUUGAUAAAAGAUCAAAGAAGAGUUAUACCCGGCCAAGAUGUGAAGUUGUAAAGUUGUGAUAUUGGUCAAGACAACUACAUUCGGCUCUGCAGCGAUAACGCUUCCUAUAUGAAUGAACAUGGAAUAACAGGGUAAUUUGGCAUUAUCAACUGAGUUGAUAACGUAAAUUGGUCACCGUAAAGAGAUUCGAGCUGCCGUUUCGAGCCCUAGCCCUUCGUCAGAACAAAAGGAGGAACUGUGGAAGGCACACACGAUCCAAAUUACCAAAUUACCCUGUUAUACUCUCCCACCGACGCAGCGACACAGUUUCCUUCAAACUUAGCAUAGCUUGACAGGAGAGGAUGAACAUGAGGCUGAACCCUUAAAUAAACCUUAAAGGGAGAAGUAUACUCUAGGAAAUAUUAUUUUUUUCAUUGCCGCCAUUAAAAAUGAUUUAUGAUUUACUAAAUGCUGCCCUGAAAGGCUCCUAAGAGUAAACGAACCCUUGAUUAUUGUCACAAAUGUUCUAUACAUUCAACUGCUGAGGCACGUACGCCACCAUUUUAUAAAACAACUCAGAAACCUGGCCACACACGCAUAGGCACAACAAUCUGGUCAAAAACAGCCGCCUGCUCCGGUUAAAUCUGGAAUUCCUUUUCAAAAAAAGGUUCAUGCAGAUUAACGAGAGAUGGUAAAACGAGGAGCAAGACUUUGCUACGUAACGGACGAGUGGCUAGGCUACUUUGCCAGCGCCCGCGGUUGAAUAGCUUGCACAUUUAAAAGGCUGGCUAAUCUUUCUAAAAUUAACGCGGUCAGCGUCAUAUUUUCAUCCUUUGUAAUAGUUGAGAUGUAGAUAUGAUGGUUUCUACAGCAUACCUAUUAAGUCAUCAUGUUUCUAGAUUUCUGUUUUCGGAGAUCACAAGAAUCCCAGUGCAGCUUAAGAGCUCUCUCUCCCUCCCCUUCCGUAUCUUUUCUGAAGUUAUUAUCCUAAGCGAUACAAAUCAAGCGGAAACAAUCUCAAAAAUGAUUAAACUUCCACAUUUUUUUAAAAUUUAAGAUCAUCAUUACUUUAAUAUAAUAUUGAGUCAGUGGAUGAAUGACAAGUGAUAAGUCAAGAUCUUUUUUAUUAGAAUAUUGUACACUGGUAAAAUGCUUUCCUUGUGUCAUGUAUAUAUUAUUCUUUUAAAAAAUUCUUGUACAAAAUUAAAUAG